UGCUGCUGCUGCAUUCUCUGCGGAGAAGAGGCCAUUUUGGAGUCUCACCUGCUUCGAAACACCUCCUUCCUUUUAUUUUAUUAUUUGAAUCUUUUAGCCUUUCUUUGUAGAUCUAUUGUUUCUGUCAAGUGAGGUGGUUGAGCAAAGGCAGGCAUCCAUGGCGACGAAAGGAUUCGUAUUGUAUCUGCUUUCUGCAUUCUCUGUUGCAGUUCUAUCGACGUUCUUCGUUUCCGACUCCAAUGUCCACCACUACCCACCUCGUCUCUCCUCUCUAAACUCAACUAUUACGCAAUACCCAGAUAAUGCAUUCGGCGACAGCACCAAAGUUUGGCCUAACUUAGAAUUCAACUGGAGAACUGUAGUGGCGACGGUGAUUGGAUUUCUGGGUUCGGGCUUUGGAACGGUGGGUGGCGUUGGAGGUGGAGGGAUCUUCGUCCCCAUGCUCAACUUGAUCGUUGGAUUCGACACAAAAUCCGCUGCUGCUCUUUCCAAAUGUAUGAUAAUGGGUGCAUCAGCCUCGUCCGUUUGGUACAAUCUAAGGGUAUCUCAUCCAACAAAGGACGUGCCCAUAAUUGACUAUGAUCUAGCCCUUCUCUUCCAGCCUAUGCUCAUGCUUGGAAUCACCAUUGGAGUCGCACUCAGUGUUGUCUUCCCUUACUGGCUCAUCACUGUUCUCAUCAUCAUUCUCUUCUUGGGGACAUCAUCGAGGUCUUUCUUCAAAGCAAUCGAGAUGUGGAAGCAAGAGACGAUUUUGAAGAAGGAACAGAAGAAGCAACAAGAAGCUCUAGUGAACUCUCAGGACGAUGUUCUGAUAGAUGCAGAGUAUGAGCCUCUGAUCCCUCAAGUAGAGAAGACCAAAUUGCAAACACUACGCUUCAACUUGAGAUGGAAAAUGGUUCUAGUGCUCUUGCUUGUCUGGUUUUCAUUUAUACUUCUUCAAGUCCUCAAGAAUGGUGCAACGGUUUGCGGUGCAUGGUAUUGGGUGCUGAAUGUGCUAGAGUUUCCCGUCGCGUUUGCCGUGUUUGGAUAUGAAGUGAGGAAACUGUACAAAAUGAGCAAGGAAAGGAGGAUGGCUGGCAACUUCGAAGCAGUUUGCGAGGCCUCCAUCGACUGGACGGGGCUGCACCUUGCCUUCUGCGCGCUCUGUGGCGUCUUGGGAGGAACUGUCGGUGGCCUGCUCGGUUCUGGUGGUGGAUUCAUAUUGGGGCCUCUCCUCUUAGAGAUUGGAGUCAUUCCCCAGGUAGCAAGCGCCACAGCAACAUUUGUCAUGAUGUUCUCAUCAUCUCUGUCUGUCGUGGAGUUCUACUUCCUCAAGAGAUUCCCUAUCCCUUAUGCUUUGUAUCUUAUGUCAGUGUCUAUGGUGGCUGGAUUCUGGGGUCAGUUCUUCAUUAGGAAGUUGAUUACGUUUUUGGGGAGAGCUUCCAUCAUAGUCUUCAUUCUAUCAGCUGUCAUCUUUGCAAGCGCUCUAACAAUGGGCGUUGUGGGCAUCGAUAAGAGCAUCCGCAUGAUACACAACCAUGAAUACAUGGGGUUCCUGGGCUUCUGUGACAGUUGAUUACUGUCUGAACAACAGAGAUUACAGCAAGAAAGAGGGUGUAACAGAAAGGAGAAAUGGAAGGAGAGGAAGAUAAUAUAGCUUAAAUUCUGUCAAAAGCAGUACAGAGGAUGUGUUGGCCAAUACCUAAUUGACCAACCCAACUGUGCUGUCAUUCCAUGAAGAGUUGAAAACAAGAAAUAAAUAAAGCUGUGUUUUAUUGUGGCUGUCCGUGAUGUGUGUUAACUGCUUGUUAACACCAAUUCUAUUUGUAUUUCACUAUUUCUUCAUCUUGAUGUGUGUUAACUGCUUGUUAACACCACUUCCAUUUGUACAUCUUAAUUGUGAUGUGUUGUUAGCUACUGGUUAACACCAUUCAUCACGUUCAAUUAGUAAAGGGUUCAAGUAAUUAAUAUUUC